GUGAGGGUCCUUUCGGUUUUGUAGGCGCCGAACGGAGCUACACAAAAAACAACAACAACAAGAGCCAAAAAGCGAUAGUUUAUUUUUGGGGGUGUUUUUUCCCCCCUCAUUUUUAUUUGUUUACAUUCUGACACACGGGGUGUGUGUGAAUUUAGCAAUUUCCCAUGGCUUCCACCGCCGCUUUGCUGUCGUCCGCGGUGGAUUACUACAACGACGAAGAGGAGCUCGACAGCGUGGACGACGACGACGAGCGCAGCUUCAGAGGGAGAGACUCGGAAGAAGGUAAAGAAAGAAAACUACGAGGAAAAACAACAACAACAACAACAACACAGCCUGGGCUCGCUCGGAUGACCUACUUUCAGUUUGGCUCAACUAACACGGAAGACGCUAGCGAAACGGACCUCGCCAAGCACGACGAAGACGACUAUGUGGAAAUCAAAGAGCAAAUGUACCAGGACAAGCUGGCCUCUCUGAAAAGACAACUGCAGCAGUUACAAGAAGGCACGCUACAGGAGUACCAGAAGAGGAUGAAGAAGUUAGAUCAGCAAUACAAAGAGAGGCUGCGAAACGCAGAUCUCUUUCUCCAGCUGGAGACAGAGCAGGUGGAGAGGAACUACAUCAAAGAGAAGAAGGCGGCGGUAAAGGAGUUUGACGACAAGAAGGUGGAGCUGAAGGAGAACCUCAUCGCCGAGCUGGAAGAGAAGAAGAAGAUGAUCGAGAACGAGAAGUUAACCAUGGAACUCACGGGCGAUUCCAUGGAGGUCAAGCCCAUCAUGACCCGGAAGCUGAGGAGAAGACCAAAUGACCCCGUGCCAAUUCCGGACAAGAGACGAAAGCCAGCGCCUGCACAGCUCAAUUAUCUGCUAACAGACGACCAAAUCAUGGAAGAUCUCCGAACGUUAAAUAAGCUCAAGUCGCCGAAACGAGCAGUGUCGCCGUCGUCUCCGGAGCACGUGCCCUCCGCGCCCAUGGAGUACCCGGCGCAGCGCUUCGAGGCUCGCAUCGAGGAGGGGAGGCUCUACUACGACAAGAGAUGGUACCACAAGAGCCAGGCCAUCUAUCUGGAGUCCAAAGACAACACCAAGAUCAGUUGUGUCAUCAGCUCGGUGGCCACCAACGAGAUUUGGGUGAGGAAGACGAGCGACAGCACGAAGAUGAGGAUCUACUUGGGACAGCUGCAGAGGGGAGCCUUCGUCAUCCGGCGGCGGUCGGCGGCGUGAAAAAAAACAAAAAAACAACUCUGUACAUUAACCCCCGCCCUUCCUACUUGUACAUUUAUCCACCCGCUUGUUACAUUUGUUUUAGCCGUCUUGUCUGGUUUUAUCCAUUUUCCCAAAUAAAUCAGAUAACUGUCA